AUGAUGGCCCAAUCACCAAAGUUUAAAAUAGAAAAAAUGGCUCCAUUAAGUCAACAUCAAAAAAUUCUAAUUGAAGAAGAACCUAUUGAAGAUAUGAUUGAAGUUGAUGAAACUAAGAUCUCAUUCAAUGAAAAAUUAAUUGUCUGUGAUUAUAAACCAUGGCAAACUGUUAUUUAAAUAAGAAAAACAAUAGAAAAAUUAAAAGGAUAUUAAAAUGUACAUUGGAUUAAUCCUAUCCUUGAUGUCCGUAUAAAGAACCCAUCUAGAUCCAUUUUAAAAAACCCUUCAAAACAUUCAUCCAAUCUCGCUAUAAAAGAGUGAUCCAUAUUUAU